UCAUCAUCGUCUACACUCCUUCGCCACCUGUAACAUCCAGGCUGCACCAAGCCACGUUGGCCAAAACCAGUCAAUCAAAAAGCUCCAUGUUCUCCACACUAAACUCCAUCCAACGCUCCAUUAUUCAUUCAACUAUAUAGAGUGUACACAUGGAUAUAUAUUUAGAGUUAUAGAGAGAGAGGUGUGUGUCAGGAACUCUUGAAAGUGUACUAAACUCCAUCCAACGCUCCAUUAUUCAUUCAACCAUAUGGAGUAUACAGAUGGAUAUAUUUAGAGUUAUAGAGAGAGAGGUGUGUGUCGGAAGUCGAAACUCUUGAAAGUGUGGGUUUACUGUUUGUGAGUUUUAGAAGUUGAAGAUAGUAGAAUUUGAAGAACCCAUAAAUUGGAAUUUGUUCAAAAGGCCGAUGGUAUGAGUCUCAGGCGACGCACGAUGCUCACGCGCGGUCGUGGUCCUGAAACGCUUCCGCCCUUCAACAUUAUUCCAAUCAACAAUUUUUUGAUAGACCACUCUUCCCUUCGGUACCCAGAGGUACGCGCCGCCAGCUCAGCCAUACUCGCUGCUGGAGACCUUCGAAAACCGCCGUUUACCCCGUGGCCUGACAACAUGGGCCUCCUGGACUGGCUGGGGCUCUUCUUCGGGUUCCAGGAAGACAACGUCAAGAACCAGAGAGAGCAUUUGGUGCUCCACCUGGCCAACUCUCAAAUGCGUCUCCAGCCGCCGCCGGCCUCCGCGGAUAGCCUCGACCCGGGGGUUCUUCAUCGCUUCCGGCAAAAGCUUCUGAAGAAUUACACUUCCUGGUGCUCAUAUUUGGGGAAAAGGUCUCAAGUUCGGCUUCCAAAACGCCACAACUCCAACCUUCUGCGUAAUGAGCUCUUGUAUGUAUGUCUCUAUUUAUUGAUAUGGGGUGAAGCCGCAAAUUUGCGAUUUGCCCCCGAAUGUUUGUGUUAUAUAUAUCAUCACAUGGCAAUGGAACUCAAUUACAUUCUUGAUGAUCACAUCGAUGAGAAUACUGGACAACUUUUUGUUCCCUCCACAUGUGGUCGACUUGGCUUCUUGAAUAAUGUUGUUACACCAUUUUAUGUGACAAUUAAGGGUGAGGUUGCGAGGAGUAGGAAUGGGACUGCCCCACAUUCAGCUUGGAGAAACUAUGAUGAUAUAAAUGAGUAUUUUUGGAGUAGGAGAUGUUUUCAGAGGAUAAAAUGGCCUAUUGACCUUAGCAGCAAUUUUUUCUACACUGCGGAUAAGAGGGUGGGAAAGACGGGAUUCGUGGAACAGCGGACAUUUUGGAAUGUGUACAGAAGCUUUGAUAGGCUGUGGGUGUUGUUGAUAUUGUUUUUUCAGGCUGCUACUAUUGUUGCGUGGGAGAGGACUGAUUAUCCAUGGCAGGCAUUGGAGACUAGGGAUGUGCAAGUUCAGUUGCUUACAAUUUUUAUGACCUGGGCUGGUUUAAGGUUUGUUCAAUCAAUUCUUGAUGCUGGGACUCAGUAUAGUUUGGUAUCAAGGGACACAAAAUUGCUUGGUGUGAGGAUGGUUUUGAAAAGUAUGGUUGCCCUUACUUGGACUAUCGUGUUUGGGGUGUUCUAUGGGAGGAUUUGGAGCCAGAAGAAUUCUGAUGAGAUGUGGUCAUAUGAGGCGAACCAAAGAAUUCUGACAUUUCUUAAGGCUGCUUUAGUGUUUGUCAUCCCAGAGUUACUUGCUCUAGUACUGUUCAUUCUUCCCUGGAUUCGCAAUGUUAUUGAAGAAGCAGAUUGGACUAUUUUGUAUAUUUUAACAUGGUGGUUUCACACCAGAAUAUUUGUAGGCAGAGGAGUUAGGGAGGGUCUUGUUGACAAUGUGAAGUACACUGUGUUCUGGGUUGCAGUGUUGGCUUCAAAAUUCUCGUUUAGUUACUUUCUUCAAAUCAAACCUCUUGUUGACCCAACAAGAGCUCUCUUGAAUCUCAGGGGUGUAAGAUACAGUUGGCAUGAAUUCUUCACUAGCACCAACAGAAUGGCAGUAGUAAUGUUGUGGCUUCCAGUUGUCUUGAUAUAUCUAGUGGAUAUGCAAAUCUGGUAUACAGUGUUUUCCUCUCUUGCUGGGUCAACAAUUGGAUUGUUCUCACAUAUAGGCGAGAUUCGAAAUAUAAAGCAGCUAAGACUUAGAUUCCAGUUCUUUGCAAGUGCAUUGCAGUUCAAUCUGAAGCCAGAGGAUCAUACUCUUAGUUCAGAGGCAACAGUUGUGUACAAGCUACGCGAUGCUAUUCACCGGGUUAAGCUCCGAUAUGGCCUUGGACAACCAUACAGGAAGAUUGAAUCAAACCAGGUUGAAGCAACCAGGUUUGCAUUAAUAUGGAAUGAGAUAAUCAUAACUAUGAGGGAAGAAGAUCUCAUAAGUGAUCAAGAAUUGGAGCUAAUGGAACUGCCACCUAACUGUUGGGAUAUCAAAGUUAUACGCUGGCCAUGUUUUCUACUUUGCAAUGAAUUGCUGCUCGCUUUGAGCCAGGCGAGAGAACUAGCAGAUUUACCUGAUCGGUGGGUGUGGUUACGGAUUUGCAAGAAUGAGUAUAGGCGGUGUGCAGUUAUUGAAGCUUAUGAUAGCAUCAAAUACUUGCUUCUUGAGAUCAUUAAAUAUGGUUCAGACGAGCAUUCAAUUGCCGCAAAAUUUUUCAUGGAGGUUGAUGAUAAUCUUCAAUUUGAGAAGUUCACAGUGGCCUAUAAGACUACGGUUUUACAUCAGAUUCAUGAACAGCUGAUAUCUCUUAUUGAGCUUCUUCUCAUGCCUGAGAAAGAUAUGGGUAGAGUGGUGAAUAUAUUGCAGGCCUUGUACGAGCUUUCUGUUCGGGAGUUUCCAAAGGUGAAGAAGUCCAUGGCUCAGUUGAGGCAGGAAGGUUUGGCAUCUCUUAACCCAAGUAGUGAUGCCGGGCUGCUUUUUGAAAAUGCUAUUCAAUUACCUGAUGCUGAAAAUGCAUUCUUCUACAGGCAGUUGCGACGUUUGCACACUCUGCUUAGUUCUCGAGAUUCAAUGCACAAUGUCCCAAAAAAUAUAGAGGCGAGACGGCGGGUUGCUUUCUUUAGCAAUUCACUAUUUAUGAACAUGCCACGUGCUCCUCAAGUUGACAAAACCCUGGCUUUCAGUGUCUUGACUCCUUACUAUGACGAAGAAGUUUUGUAUGGAAAAGAAAUGCUUAGAAGUCCAAACGAAGAUGGUGUUUCUACCUUGUUUUAUCUGCAGAAAAUUUAUGAAGACGAGUGGGAAAAUUUUGUGGAGCGUAUGCAUAGGAACGGCAUGCAGGAUGACAAUGAGAUCUGGAACACAAAAGCAAGGGAUCUCAGACUCUGGGCAUCAUACAGAGGCCAAACACUGUCUCGUACCAUAAGAGGGAUGAUGUAUUACUACAAGGCUCUUAAGAUGCUUUCCUACCUAGACUCUGCAUCGGAGAUGGACAUAAGACAAGGAUCACAAGAAAUUGCUUCGCUUGGAUCGCAGAGACAGAAUGGUGGCUUGAAUGGUCUGGGUUCGAGUAUGCCAAAUUCUAGUAAUCUCGACAGAGCAAGUAGCAGUGCGAGCUUACUUUUCAAAGGACACGAGUUUGGUUCUGCUAUGAUGAAAUACACUUAUGUAGUCGCCUGCCAAAUGUAUGGGGUCCAUAAGGGAAAGGGUGAUCCCCGUGCUGAGGAGAUCUUAUACUUGAUGAAAAACAAUGAGGCCCUUCGAGUUGCAUAUGUUGACGAGAUUUACUUGGGAAGAGAGGAAGUGGAGUACUACUCUGUACUAGUGAAGUAUGAUCAACAACUGGAUGAAGAAGUGGAAAUCUAUCGGAUUAAGUUGCCUGGGCCUCUGAAGCUUGGGGAGGGUAAGCCUGAAAAUCAAAAUCAUGCAAUAAUCUUUACUCGUGGUGACGCUGUUCAGACUAUUGACAUGAACCAAGACAACUAUUUUGAGGAAGCACUCAAGAUGCGGAAUCUGUUGGAGGAAUUCAAAACCACUUGUGGUAUCAGGAAGCCAACCAUUCUCGGAGUUCGGGAAAAUAUAUUUACUGGUUCUGUGUCAUCACUUGCUAGGUUCAUGUCUGCUCAGGAGAUGAGUUUUGUCACUCUGGGGCAACGCGUUUUAGCAAAUCCUCUCAAGGUCCGCAUGCACUAUGGUCACCCUGAUGUCUUUGAUAGGUUCUGGUUUUUGACUCGAGGUGGCAUCAGCAAGGCCUCGAGAGUGAUUAAUAUAAGUGAAGAUAUAUACGCUGGGUUCAAUUGCACAUUGCGAGGAGGCAAUGUGACACAUCAUGAAUACAUACAAGUGGGUAAGGGACGAGAUGUUGGAUUAAACCAGAUCUCCAUGUUUGAGGCCAAGGUUGCAAGUGGCAAUGGUGAGCAGGUUUUGAGCAGAGAUAUAUACAGGCUGGGUCAUAGACUUGACUUUUUUCGCAUGCUUUCAGUAUUUUACACUACGGUGGGCUACUUUUUCAGCAACAUGAUGGUUGUGAUAAUGGUCUAUGCAUUUCUAUGGGGACGCUUCUAUCUUGCCCUUAGUGGACUAGAGGAAAAUAUCCGAAACAGAGCUAAUUCCAGCAACAAUGAAGCACUUGGUGCAAUCUUGAAUCAGCAGUUCAUCAUCCAAAUUGGUGUUUUCACUGCCCUCCCAAUGAUUGUGGAGAACUCACUGGAACAUGGAUUCCUUCCUGCAGUUUGGGAUUUUAUUACAAUGCAGUUCCAGCUUUUUUCAUUGUUUUAUACUUUCUCAAUGGGAACCCGUUCGCAUUUCUUUGGCCGAACUAUACUUCAUGGGGGUGCCAAGUACCAAGCUACUGGUCGUGGUUUUGUUGUGCAGCACAAGAGCUUUGCUGAAAAUUAUAGGUUAUAUGCUCGUAGCCAUUUUGUAAAGGCAAUUGAACUUGGAAUUAUUUUAAUUGUUUAUGCUUCUCAAAGUCCAUUGUCUCCAAAUACAUUUGUUUACAUUGCCAUGACUAUCUCAAGUUGGUUCCUUGUGCUGUCGUGGAUUAUGUCACCCUUUGUGUUCAACCCUUCGGGCUUUGACUGGCUGAAAACUGUGUAUGACUUUGAUGAUUUUAUGAACUGGAUAUGGUAUGGAGGAAUUUUAGUAAAAGCAGACCAGAGUUGGGAAACGUGGUGGUACGAGGAACAGGAGCACUUGAGAACAACUGGUAUAUGGGGAAAAUUGCUGGAGAUUAUUUUAAAUCUUCGUUUCUUCUUUUUUCAAUAUGGAAUUGUGUACCAUUUGAAUAUUACAGGUGGUAACACAAGUAUUGCUGUUUACUUGCUGUCUUGGAUCUACAUGAUUGUGGUAGUUGCCAUUUAUAUUGUUAUAUCAUAUGCUCGGGACAAAUAUGCUGCAAAGGAGCACAUAUACUACCGGCAGUUUCAGUUUCUUGUUAUUGUCUUGUCGGUACUCGUGCUUGUUUUACUUCUGCACUUCACCCAUUUCAACUUCCUCGACUUCGUUAAAAGUUUACUGGCAUUUGUCCCCACGGGAUGGGGCAUGAUACAAAUUGCCGUGGUGCUCAGACCUUUCCUUCAGUCGUCCGUCGUUUGGGAAACUGUUGUGUCCUUGGCCCGGUUGUAUGAUAUGGUUUUUGGAUUAAUAGUCAUGACUCCUUUGGCAUUGCUCUCAUGGAUGCCUGGAUUUCAAGAAAUGCAGACAAGUAUACUUUUUAACGAAGCAUUGAGCAGGGGACUCCAAAUUUCUCGCAUUCUUACUGGCAAAAAAUCCAACAUUGAUUAACAUGGGAUUAGAGGUGAACUUUGAGGAUACCUUUAGUGAGCUGUUCUACAAGUGGUGCUCGUCUUUGUCGAACGAAGAAACUAAGGUCUUGGAUGCUUUGGUAGCCCUUUAAUGUAUUCUACGUGUUAUACAUAUGUAGCAUAGUUUUCUUGUCCACUCGUCAAUCAUAGGAAAUCGUUUUAUAGAUAAAUAUGCAAGUAAAAUUUGUGAAUUAGUUGGAGAAUAUGGAGGAUGAGAUAAUCACAUUCUGUUUAUUGUGAACUUCUAA